GACGUGACGUCACCCAGGUGCGUUAGAGUGAGCAGUUUCAGGUAAAAAGAGGAAGCUGCAGGCGUUAGGUAGUUAGUUAGCUCUGAGUGUGUUUGUUGAGAGUCAGUGGUUGUUUUUAUCUCUUUAUCUGCAAACAAACGGACCGUGAACGCAUCGCGAUAAAGAAUCAGGUUUUUACUGAUUCUUCCAUUUGGAGCUCAAACUGUUCACAUGGAGUCUGCAGAUGGUCAGCGGGGGGGGCGGGACGGCAGCAGUCAGAGGCGCUCCCCCCUCGACGUCAUCAUGAGCCAGAUCCGCAGGAAGCGCACGGCGUCUGACAGGAAGCCGCUGGGACGCCUCCUGUCCUGGACCUCAGACCGGACGGGGAUCCCGGAGGACGGAGAGCCGGAGGGCAGAGAGGACAGAGGACAGAGCUCGGGAGGUGUCGCUGAGUCAGCGGAGAGCGAGCGUGACGUCGGCUGGGGUCGAGUGUGCGUUUUCCUGCAGAGGUUGGGGAAGAGAGCCGACGGCCGCAGCCUCAGCCUGGCUCACUGUGAUCUCACUGCCACUGACCUGCUGGAGCUAGCGACGUUGCUCCAGUUUCUCCCUCGGCUGGAGGAGUUGGACGUCUCCUGGAACGAGCUGAUUGGCGGGUGUCUGAAGGCGCUGACCUCUCACCUCCAGCACGUGGGCGGGAUCCGAGCGCUGAGGCUCUGCAGCUGCAGGUUGAACGCCGAUGACGUCACCGCUCUGGGUGAAGCUCUCGGCUGCGUGCCUCUCUUAGAGAUCCUCGAUCUGUCCUGGAACGGUGGCGUCGGGGGCGGCGCUCUGCAAGGCCUGCUGGGUAAACUUCACCCACCGCUGAGGGAGCUCCACCUGGUGGCGUGCCAGCUCACCGCGGCCGAUGCUACCGUACUGGGAGGAAUGGUGUCUGCUCUCCACAGACUCUGCGUGUUGGACGUCUCCUGUAAUCCUCAGCUCGCACAGGAAGUUGAUGCCGGCGGUUUCAGAGAGCUGGCGUCCUCGCUCGCUCACGCCGCGUCCCUCGCCGUGCUUCGGUUACAGGCGUGCGGUCUGACGACGGACAGCCUCGACGCUCUCGGUGGUUCGCUCCGCUGCCUCCCCGCAGUGCGAGAGUUGGACCUGUCCUGUAACAAAAGUCUGGCUGGAGGUCUGGAACGCCUCGCCCCACACCUGGCUCACCUCACACACCUGGAGAGCCUCGACCUUCACCUCUGCUGUCUCACACACACGGACCUGGAAGCCCUGAUCCAGGUGCUUCCCUCGCUGACGGCGCUCACGGAGCUCGACGUGUCGUCCAAUAAGGAGGCAGGGGGCGCGGUCCACUCGCUGGUCUCCGCCCUCCCUCUGACACAGAUGAGGCGUCUGCCGCUCAACAGCUGCAGCCUGAACGAGGAGUCCUUCACUGCUCUCGCUCUGGCCGCGCCGUACCUCCGCAGUGUGGAUGUUUCCUGGUGUAAGGUGGUCGGCGGCCGCUUGGCGCUGCUCCUGGAUGCUUUGCAGCCGUCGGUCGUCCUGGAGCUCCGCCUCAGCAGCUGUGAGCUCACCACAGACGACCUGCGUCACCUAGCCGCCGUGUGCAGACGUGGCUGGCUGUCCUCCCUGCGGGUGUUGGAUCUGUCCUACAACGGCUCGGUAGGUGACGCUGGCUGGUCUGCGCUGUUCGCAGCAGGAGGCCUGGGCUCGCUGGAGGACGUUGACCUCAGCCUACGACCUUUGACCUCUGCACCCUGCUCAGCCUGGCUGCCGGCGCUGGUCUGCGCUCUGCCUCAGCUGCCCGCGCUGGCUCGCCUGGCGGCGCAGCGGUGGACAGUCGGCUCUCAGGACAGAGAGCAGCUGAGCCACCGCCUGAGGAAGAGGAGCGUCCUGCUGGAGUGGGAUACGGACGCAGCGUCAUCAUUCAGGGCGACCAAUCAGGAGAGCCCAGAGGAGUAGGAUUCAAUGUCCUGAGGUUCCUGAAGGCAUCAUGUGUUACUAAUGAAGGACACCUGAAUUAAAAAUCAUCACUGCACUUUGUACCAGGAGACGUUAACGAGAGAAACAAAUAGUUCUAUUCUUAAACUAAGAUUAUUUUUUCUGGCUUUUUAUUGCCUUUAUUUCAUAGAGAUUAUACAUUUGAGGACAUUUUUGUUUGGUAUUUUUUAACAGUUUCAAGUAAAAAACCAACAAAUAACGACGUCCAGAACAAAUGUGCUGAUCUGUAACUAAGGAAGGAAUAAAUUCUUGUUUACUUUGUAAUUAAAAUACAUUUUACAGAGUUAUGGUCUCUGAUCUGAGAACAAUCUUUAACUGUAGAUCAAUAUUCAUAUUCCUGUUGCUCUUUCAUAAAACAUAAUUUCUACUGUUAAUUAUUUGGUUAAACAGAAUGUUUAUGAUGUGCUUUAAAUUAACAUAAAGAUUUAAAUAUGUUUCUGAUAAACUCUUCAUACAGCUGUUUUAUAGAAUAUGAUGAAGAACUUAUGGAAUACUUGAAUGGUCCAACAUGAAUACACAAGUUACUCUUAAAUCUUUAAUUAAAAAACAAAGUUUCAAGA